ACGAGACAAAUCAGGAGUUAGAUUUUUGGGAGAGGAUGGACAUUUGGGCAGAGGCUGUGAAACACAUUCUGAUUCAAAUGAAGAGCAGUGUGACUACUGAAUUAACUGCUGGGACGGCGAGAAAGGAGCUAGAACUUACUGGAGCGAGAUCCAAGGAUCUGAUCCAACAUAUGCAAGUGCCCCUCAAUUUGAAAGCUUCGGACGAGCAAUCAGAUGAAAGUGGUGGAAUUCGAGAACCACCUCCCGUUCCACCCUCAACCAGCUCCAGACUGAACUCCGGAAAUGAUGCCGAACCAAAUAGUAGUAAGCCAAAUAAGAAGGGAGGAAAUAAGGACCUCACCGGAGCUACUUCUACGGGAUCAAUAACUAAAAAAUUGGGGUCCGAAGCAUCAAAUUCAUCCUCAAACAAGUCCAGAUCUACCAAUAUGCGGAAGCGCGGAGAGAUACCAUUGCCCAGUUUGGAAGAGAUUAGUACGACGCUGUAAUUUUUAUGUGGCUAAAAAUCUGAGCAGACAAAUUGUAACAAUAUAGACUAACAGUUAUGCUUUCUCUGCAGAUGAUACCCCUCAAAAAGGACCCGAAUUGUAUGUCAUCUUGCAAGGAUUUUAUAAUCCAAAAAUUAUCCAGGAGUUGCUCAAAAUUGGUACUUUUUAUUAAGAAUUAUUUAUUCAUUUUUUAACAUUUAAUAUUUUAAUAAAUUCUUUACUAAUGUAAAGGAGUUACUGUUGAUGGAAUUUUACUGCUCACCGAUCAGGAAGUCACGAAACGUAAUUUUAGUGUGGCCGACAUUGAGGACAGCAUUCCUGGAACCUUUCGCCCCCGAAAUAUUUUACCGGAUUAUCUCAAAUAUCUUGAACAGCAGUCAACGUUACCUCGUCAAGAGUUGGUUUCCAUUUUUCAGUUCAAUAAUCAUUAAUUGAUUAUAAAUAAUACUGACUUCUGGAUUGAUUAGGCGAGAUAUUGUAGGCCAAUUUUGGGCCGGGUUAGCCGAAAUGUACAAUUCUGCUCCGCCAGACUCCCCCUUAUUGGACUGUGCACUGAUGAAUUUUAAACUUCCAAAGGUAUCAGAUUCAUAGUUUGCAUUCAUCAUCAUAAAUAUUAUUCAUCUAUUGCAAAAUUUGUCAUCAUUUCAGAAUGAGCAUGGAUUGGAUACAUCCGAGGCGAGAGGCGCUUAUGCUUCCAAACUAUUCGACGAAGCUGCUCAAAGGAUUUAUGAAAUGCUAGUUAUGAGCGAUUGGUUUCAUGAUUAUACAAAUUGCUCCACCGUGAAACAGGCACGUAAACUGAUCAAACUUAUGAAGUGCCGUGGAUAAUUAUCUCAAUUUCUCACGUCUUCCUUAUUUAAGAUUAAACCUAUGGAAAAAGAACUCGAACGUGAAAUUUACGAAACUUUGCUUAACCAAGUUCCCUCAGAAUGCGUCACCGUGCCCAUCAUUAUGGAUUGCAUUUUAGAACAAGUGGUUUCAAACGUCGACCAACCUCCUCCACUUCCAGAAAAUGCGAACAAGCAGGACCGCGCGGACGGCGAUGAUCAAGCAAAGUACGCCGAGUUUAACAAAUUUGGGAAGCCCGACUGGGGAGACAGGAUUUUGCAAGUUUGUUUUCUGCAUAUUAUGUGCUACAUUUGUUGUAAGUUAUUAAUUUUAUUAAUCCUCAAAUACUCGUAUUAAAAAUAGGAUGGUCUGAAAACUUUGAAGAAGCACAACAAGAAGGAGACUAAAGCACAAAAGGUGGUGGGGCCGGUCUUCACCCCACCACUUUAUAUUAAGUAUGGAGAUUAUGCCAGCAUUCGAGCCUGUCAUUUAAAUGGUCCGUUUACAACUAUUCUACUCAAUUCUUAGCAAUCUUAUUGCAAUGAAACUUCAUUUUAUUUAUUUAUUAUUAUUUAAUCAUCAAACUUAGAAACUGUUGCGUCGCACAUCGCAUCUACCCAAAUUGCUGGUGACCUCAGAAACGUGCAAGGACUCUUGUGGGGCAGUAUUCCCGAAUUUAAUAAAGGAUUAUACAUAAAACUGAUGGCAAAUCUGAACCAUUUCAUGUAUUUCUUGCCCCCGGGCGCCAUUCACAUGGAAGGUGAUUAUAGAUGUGCAAAUAAAACUCCUAAUCAUAUUUUUGUAAAAUAAUUGCCUUCCUAGACAUGUUCUUCGUUAUUCAUCUCCUAAUGAGCGCCGGAGUGGAAGCCCAAUUACACAAAGAAGCUGAACUUGCCAAGUCCAAAGAAGAAGAGCAACGCUACGCCAAGAAAAGAUUUUCCCAAAUGGU